AUGGUUCCAUCAUUGCUCUUUGGCGCGUUAGCCGGCUUCUUUUUCCUCGUCUCCUGUCGCCGGUAUGUCGUUUGUCUUGCAAGACGACAGUCUCAACGUCGGGUAGUCGUCAAGGGCCACACCUUUACCGAUCGUGCAGACGAUGAAUCGACGCAACAGCCGAGGCGCAUCGAAAAGGUCCGUCGCGCGUGUUUUUUGAACACAGGAGGAGAGAACGUAUCGGCACUGACGGCUUUGGUUCUGGCGGUACGUAAUCCGGACGUGCAGUUUGACGUCGUGGAUCGCGAUGUUCGGCGCAUUGCGGCAUGGAAUUCGGAUUGCAUUCCUGUUUCGGAGCCGGGGGUCGAUGCAUUACUGUUUGAUGAUGCUGCUGUGGAGGAGACAGACGAGAUGCUGUACAGUGAAGAGGCACAUCGGAAGAGACGACUGGCAAAUGUGAUGUUUUCCACGGACGUGACUGGUUGCAUUGCUGCGGCAGAUAUGGUUUUCCUGGGCGAGGACACGGACACUAACGUGAGUUUCUCCAUGCUUGUCGUCAGAAAAUAUGCUGAUGUACAGACCAUCCGGACUAUUGCCCAAGUCUCGUCUGGCCACAAAGUCAUAGUCUACAAAGGUCGGGGCAAUACCAAAGCCAUUCGCCAACGGCUCGACAAAGCCACAACCGCAUCGUUCGAUCUCAUCGCCAACCCCGACUUUCUUGUCACAGGCAGCAUUAUUAACAGCCUUCUACAUCCUACCCGUGUCGUUAUUGGUAACUUGGCCGACAAACAUUCCGCUGAAGCGGCUACAUUGCUGAGAGAGCUAUAUUCCUGGAUCUCGCCUGAAUGUAUCAUCACCACAGAUGCCUGGUCCGCAGAGCUGGGUCGGAUAGCCACAAAUGCCAUGCUUGCACAACAAAGCGCCACCUUCCACGCCCUGAGCUCCAUCUGCAGCCGGACUGAUGCGAACGGACCGCACGUCUCACAAAUAGUCGCGACGGACCCACGCCUGACAAUUCGCGCCAUUGGUGAAGCAGCUAUCAUAGAUACAGAUCAAGACAUUCUCCGUAAAGACGUCGACUGUCUUGUGUACUUGGCGCAGGAACUCGGCCUGGCCGAGGUAGCCGAAUACUGGCUGUGCGUGAUGCGAGUAAACGAUGUGACAAACCAUAAUGUCGCGCAUGGCAUGGCAUCCUGUCUUCCCGAUAGACUUGGAAAUGUGGCUUUGCUGGGGUUUUCAAACGGAGAGGGUACAUUGGCCGGCGUGAGGCUCAUCCGGUCGCUUGUACAACGCGGCAUCCCGGUGCAUAUUUACGACCCGUACAUGACCCGACGCGAAAUUCUGACAAGCGUGGGCUGUAACACCGGAGUUACAGUGAUGGACGAUAUGCACCAGGCAGUAUCUGGAUGUAGUGCGGUGGUACUACACACAGACCGAGGGUUGGAUCGCGAAGUCAAUUGGGAGGCUGUGGCUGGACUGAUGCAGUCGCCGCGAUUUUUUCUCGAUCCAUUUCAGGUUAUGGAAAACAUGGAUCAAUACGGGUUUCGAACGUUGCAGAUGGGAAGGCACUACAGCAGACCCACCAUCACAAUGUAG